UUCGUUAAUGUUGAUCGUCUGUUCUGUUAUUUGUUAAUUCAUUCGUUUAAAUGGAUAUUUUGAUGUUUCACAAUAUUUCUCGAGAAGUUCAGUGCUAUUUCAGGAUAACUUCUCUACUGUUAUAUCGUAUUUUUCCGUAGAAGUAUGGUGUUACCACUGUCACUUUUGCGCACAGCGCAGAAUCAUCCAAUGUUAGUUGAAUUGAAAAGUGGCGAAACUUAUAAUGGACAUUUGGUUGCAUGCGAUGCGUGGAUGAAUAUCCAUUUAAGGGAUGCUAUCUGUACAUCACGUGAUGGGGAUCGCUUCCUAAAAAUGCAGGAAGUAUAUGUACGAGGUUCAACGAUCAAGUAUUUGCGGAUUCCGGACGAUGUGGUAGAAUUGGUAAAAGAAGAGGUUAAGGAAGUACGUAGACAACAGAAAGACCAACAACGUGCCAAGCGUAAUUUACAGGGAGCUCGGGGUGGCGCACGAGGAGGAUCUUCUAGUAAUCGUGGCACAGGUCGUGGUGGUAGUCAGCAUGGAUGGAAUCGAAACAAAGCAGGGGUUCAGUGAGGCCAUUUACUAUAAAUUAUUUCUCCUUCGUUUUCAUGUUGACUUUAGAAAGAAAUUGUUGACAUUUCGAAAGUCAUCGCUGUUUGAUAUUUUCCACAAAUUUUAUGCUGAAAUAAAAUGCUGUGGAUGUUUUGGAUGAAAUUCUUAUGGCUUUAUUUUUAUUUUUUGUUGUUUGAUGAUGUUUCAAUAAAUGCUUCUCAGGC